AAUUCAAAAGCGCCGGCUUUGAUUUGGCUUGGAGAAUUUCGGACCUUAUAAUUUGUCUGGUUUAUAUUCAAUGUUACCUUUAAAAAUAUAAAAGAACCCCAAAAAUAAGAAAAAAAAAUAAUAAUGAAAACACUUUUCCAUCAUUCCUCACGAACUCAAGUAACUUUUGAAUCUUGACUAAAUUGCUUUAAAAUCCAAUUUUCUUGGAUACCCACUUGCUUUUUGUUGUGGGUAUCUCAUUUUCUUGAGUUAUUAUCAUUUGAUCUAGAACAAAACCUGGUCGAUUUUGUGCUCAUCUAAUUCUGAGUUUGUGAUUGUGGUGUUGGAGAUGGCGGUAGCGAUAUCGGUGGUGGGUUCGGCGGUGGUGGAAUCACAUGCAGGGCCGUGUCUGUGCGUGGAGGCGGCGGCGCUGCCUAAGAGUGGAGGAGAGCUGGCGUUGCCGAGGAGUUCGGCGAAGAGGAAGCAUGUCAAAGGAGGAGUAGAGAUGGGGAGUUCGUUUGUGGAUUCUUGGCAGGAUUGGAGGGUUUCUUCGAAGUUGAUUUGGAAUAAAGUUUACAAUAAGAAUUGUUCGAGAAAAAUGAAGCAGCAGAGAAGAGAUGGAAGGCUUGUGAUUGUUAAUGAAUUUGCAGGUCAGUAUGAUGAUGGCUUUGAAGAUGUUAAAACGCAAAUUCUGAACUAUUUCACAUAUAAAGCAGUGAGGACUGUGAUGAACCAGCUCUAUGAGAUGAAUCCAACGCAAUAUAGGUGGUUUUAUGAUUUUGUUGUAUCAAAUAAACCUGGAGAUGGCAAGCGUUUCAUUCGAACUCUUGUAAAGGAGAAGCAAGAUCUUGCAGAAAGAGUAAUGAUAACACGCCUGCAUUUAUAUGGAAAAUGGGUUAAGAAAUGCAACCAUGCUGAAAUAUAUAAAGAGAUCUCCGAUGAGAACCUGGAGUUGAUGCGCGAACGCUUGAUCGAGACGGUGAUAUGGCCUUCAGAUGAUACAAACAUAGGGAAGAUCGGCUGAGGAGUGGAGUUGAAUGCAGCAAAAUGAAGGCUUUCCAGUUUUCAUUGUUUGUUUCAGAUUAGUCAUUACUUUGCUUUGUUAUCCUCAAGUUUAGUUUAGUUUGAUUCCAUGACUGUCAUUUUAUUUAUAUUAUUUUUUUAGCAGGUAAUAAAAUGUAUACCGGAGAAUUGUGUAUAUAUUACACAUAAAUCUCAUUAUAAUUAUAAUUUUAUAAACUAUACAUGAUCACUUUGAUACAA